GCGGCGAUGAACUGUCAAGUGUGCGUCUUGUCGAAAAUUCACCCGGUUUUAUUAAAUUCUUCCCUCUUUGAAAGAAAUGGGAUCAAGAUCGCGUUCGUUAAGAUGAGAAGCAGCUCGCCCAAUCAUGCCAUUAAUUAAUCUCGCUGGGGGAUUGCAGCUUAAAGAGAGAUAUGGCAAGAAUUUGCCGCGAGUGUUAAUAAAGCGCCGGGCCGAGCGUGCUUUAAUUAUAGUAACGACCGUAUGUUUUCUCACAACGUGACGCGGGGAAACCACGCUGCUAAUACUUCCCCAGUAUAACGUCAUAGUGGCGAUCGUGACGUGAGGGACGGAUGAAUCACUUGCGGCGCGCCGCGGCGAGAUCGGUUAGUGAAUCGACGAACACCGUGCCGGACAGUCUGAGUCCUUUGUUCAUACCGCGAGGACGGCGAGUAGUGUUUUAAGUCACGGUGAAUGAAUGACAUUGAAAUUGAAAGGAUAACGAAUUUUCUGAGUUCAUCGAAAGGUAAUCCCUUCGACGGAUCUCCCCGGCGUUUCAUACGAUUCACCAUGAACGGAAGAAAGAAUCCCGAUGAAAACGGCGACGAAAUCAUAUACCUGGACGAGGUCAACGACGAGGUAUCGAGACCCCUAACGUCCACCGAGUCGGAGGCCGUUCCGUCCAUCGGCCUGCGCGCUGGGUUCACCUCGGAGACCGACGAAAGUCUCGCUCCCGUUCACACGGGUUCGCGGAAAUCGUCGUUCGCCGGGACGGAGACCGACAUCCUCGACGAGAAGCCGUCGGCGCCGCCGAUAGUCGGCUUCGACGGCCGUAACGGGCCGGAGUUUCCCGCGGGGGGUCAACCGGGCUGGGCCAGCGGUACCGUCUUCCCGAUGCCCAUGCCGGCCGGCGUCACCACCCCCGACGUGAACAUCUAUCAGCACAAGAAGACCCUGGCCCAGGGUAUGAUGGACCUGGCGCUGCUGUCCGCGAACGCGAAUCAGAUGCGCUACGUCCUGCAGACGGACGGCCGGCACACGUACUUCUUCCCGGCGCUGAUCAUGAUCAGCAUGAGCCUGUUCCUGCAGAUCGCCGUGGGUAUCGGCCUGAUAUGGAACAGCGUCUACAACGUCAAGGAGCACGAGCAGAUGUGCAAGGCGAACAAGGCCAACAACUGGACGGUCAUCGGUAUCUUCCUCGUCACGAUACUCAACGUCUUCAUCUCGUCGUUCGGCGUUGUCGAUCAACCGGUCGUCACGACGUAACAAAAGUUCCCUUUCCUCUUCGCCGCCCUUGAUGCGCUCUCCCCUUCAUCGCUCUUCAACGAUACGCAGUCGUAGCGCGCGAAGUGAACGACCAGAUAAAGUAUCUCCGUUGUUUUUAAUGUGAUACCGCGGCAAGUUUAAUUUCGAUUACAGAAGCUUCACUUAGCGCGUGCCCCGUAAUGUGUAUCUGCUUUGAAAAACAGAUAUUUUUAUUUGAAAAAGCAUAAGGCGCAAAAUUAGAGUAAACAGAAAAAUUAGUAAAUAAUAAUGUUCUAAACAGAUAUUUAAUUGGUGGCUUUGAAAAAAAAA